AUGGCACAAUCAGUGCUGGUACCACCAGGACCUGACAGCUUCCGCUAUUUCACAAGAGAGUCACUUGCAGCUAUUGAGCAGCGUGUCAAUGAAGAAAAAGCUAAAAAGUCCAAACAAGAACGCAAAGAUGAGGAUGAUGAAGAUGGCCCCAAGCCAAACAGCGACUUGGAGGCAGGAAAGACACUGCCGUUUAUUUAUGGCGACAUACCUCCAGGAAUGGUGUCUGAGCCUUUGGAAGACCUGGACCCAUAUUAUAUCAAUAAAAAAACCUUUAUAGUAUUGAAUAAAGGGAAGGCAAUAUUCCGAUUCAGUGCCACCUCUGCCCUGUACAUGUUAACUCCUUUCAAUCCUCUUAGAAAAAUAGCUAUUAAGAUUUUGGUACAUUCAUUAUUCAGCAUGCUUAUCAUGUGCACUAUUUUGACCAACUGUGUAUUUAUGACCAUGAGUAACCCUCCAGACUGGACAAAGAAUGUAGAAUACACAUUCACGGGAAUUUAUACUUUUGAAUCACUUAUUAAAAUUCUUGCAAGGGGCUUCUGUUUAGAAGAUUUUACAUUUCUUCGAGACCCAUGGAAUUGGCUGGAUUUCACUGUCAUUACGUUUGCGUAUGUAACAGAAUUUGUAAACCUAGGCAAUGUUUCAGCUCUUCGAACUUUCAGAGUAUUGAGAGCUUUGAAAACUAUUUCUGUAAUCCCAGGCUUGAAGACUAUCGUGGGAGCCCUAAUUCAGUCUGUGAAGAAGCUCUCGGAUGUUAUGAUCCUGACUGUGUUUUGUCUGAGUGUAUUUGCACUAAUAGGGCUACAGCUGUUCAUGGGCAACUUGAGGAAUAAAUGCCUACAGUGGCCUCCAGACAAUUCCACUUUUGAAACAACUGUUAUUUCCUACUUUAAUAGCUCUAUAGGUGAAAAUGGUACAUUUAUUAAUACAACUAUGACAAUAUUUAACUGGGAUGAGUACAUCGAAGACAAAAGUCAUUUCUACUUCUUAGAAGGACAAAAUGAUGCUCUGCUGUGUGGCAAUAGCUCAGAUGCAGGUCAAUGUCCAGAAGGAUAUAUAUGUGUGAAAGCUGGUAGAAACCCCAACUAUGGCUACACAAGUUUUGAUACAUUCAGUUGGGCAUUCUUGUCACUGUUUCGAUUGAUGACUCAGGACUUUUGGGAGAAUCUUUACCAGCUGACACUACGUGCUGCUGGGAAAACAUACAUGAUAUUUUUUGUUUUGGUCAUUUUCCUGGGUUCUUUCUAUCUGAUUAACUUGAUCCUGGCUGUGGUUGCCAUGGCCUAUGAAGAACAGAAUCAAGCAACCAUGGAAGAAGCAGAGCAGAAAGAAGCAGAAUUUCAGCAAAUGCUGGAACAACUGAAAAAGCAACAGGAAGAAGCUCAGGCAGCAGCAGCAGCUGCAGCAGCUGACUCAAGAGAUUAUAGUGGAGUAGGUGGAAUAGGUGGAUUCUCCGAAAGUUCUUCUGAGGCAUCAAAAUUGAGCUCAAAGAGUGCUAAAGAGAGGAGGAACAGAAGAAAGAAAAAAAAGCAAAAAGAACAAUCUGAAGGCGAGGGAAAGGAUGGGGAAGAAUUUCACAAAUCUGAAUCAGAGGACAGCAUCAAAAGGAAAGGUUUCCGAUUUUCCAUUGAGGGAAAUAGACUGACAUACGAAAAGAGAUUCUCUUCCCCACAUCAGUCUUUGCUGAGCAUUCGAGGCUCCCUGUUUUCCCCAAGGCGUAACAGCAGAACAAGCCUUUUCAGCUUCAGAGGUCGAGCAAAGGAUGUAGGAUCAGAAAAUGACUUUGCUGAUGAUGAGCACAGCACAUUUGAAGACAAUGAGAGCAGAAGAGAUUCUCUCUUUGUUCCUCAUAGACAUGGUGAACGGCGCAACAGUAACAUUAGCCAGGCCAGUAGGUCAUCCAGGACAAUACCUCCACUUCCAGCAAAUGGGAAAAUGCACAGCACUGUGGAUUGCAACGGAGUAGUUUCUUUAGUCGGUGGGCCGCCAGCUUUGAUGUCACCUACUGGACAGCUUCUGCCAGAGGUGAUGAUCGAUAAAGCAGCCACUGCUAGCAAUGGCACUACUACUGAAACUGACUUAAGAAAGAGACGGUCUAGUUCUUAUCACGCUCCUAUGGACUAUCUAACAGAUCCUAGUGCACGGCAAAGAGCAAUGAGUAUAGCCAGCAUGCUCACAAACACAAUGGAAGAACUGGAAGAAUCCAGACAGAAGUGCCCACCAUGCUGGUAUAAAUUUGCUAACACUUGCUUGAUUUGGGACUGCUGUACUCCCUGGCUGAAAGUUAAACAUAUUGUAAAUUUGAUUGUGAUGGACCCAUUUGUUGAUCUGGCUAUUACUAUCUGCAUUGUCCUAAACACCCUGUUCAUGGCCAUGGAGCACUAUCCAAUGACAGACCAGUUUAGUGGUGUGCUUUCAGUAGGAAACCUUGUGUUUACCGGCAUUUUCACAGCAGAAAUGUUUCUCAAGAUAAUUGCCAUGGAUCCUUAUUAUUAUUUCCAAGAGGGAUGGAAUAUUUUUGAUGGUUUUAUUGUGAGUCUUAGUUUAAUGGAGCUUGGCCUUGCUAACGUGGAAGGGUUAUCUGUCCUUCGAUCGUUCCGACUGCUUCGAGUUUUCAAAUUGGCAAAAUCUUGGCCAACUCUAAAUAUGCUGAUUAAGAUUAUUGGCAACUCAGUGGGGGCUCUAGGGAAUCUGACCCUGGUGCUGGCCAUCAUUGUGUUCAUUUUCGCUGUGGUUGGGAUGCAGCUGUUUGGGAAGAGCUACAAGGAAUGUGUCUGCAAGAUCUCCAGUGACUGUGAACUUCCACGCUGGCACAUGCAUGACUUUUUCCACUCUUUUUUGAUCGUAUUCCGAGUGCUGUGUGGAGAAUGGAUAGAAACAAUGUGGGACUGCAUGGAGGUUGCAGGCCAAACUAUGUGCCUUACAGUCUUCAUGAUGGUCAUGGUGAUUGGAAACCUAGUGGUACUCAACCUCUUCUUGGCCUUGCUGCUGAGCUCAUUUAGUUCAGACAACCUUGCUGCUACAGAUGAUGAUAAUGAAAUGAACAAUCUACAAAUUGCUGUGGCAAGGAUUCAGAAGGGAAUAGAUUAUGUGAAAAGAAAAAUGCAUGAAUUCGUUCAAAAAGCUUUUGUUAGAAAACAGAAAGUUUUAGAUGAAAUAAAACCUCUUGAAGACCUAAACAACAAAAAAGACAGCUGCAUUUCCAACCACACAAUAGUAGAAAUAGGUAAAAACCUUGCCUAUCUUAAAGAAGGGAAUGGAACUACCAGUGGCAUAGGCAGCAGCGUGGAAAAAUAUGUUGUUGAUGAAAGUGAUUACAUGUCAUUUAUAAACAAUCCAAGUCUUACUGUGACAGUGCCAAUUGCUGUUGGGGAAUCUGAUUUUGAAAAUUUAAAUACAGAGGAGUUCAGCAGUGAGUCAGACAUGGAAGAAAGCAAAGAGAAAUUAAAUGCAUCCAGUUCAUCAGAAGGCAGCACAGUUGAUAUUGGACUACCUCCAGAAGGGGAACAGCCAGAAGCAGAACCUGAAGAAUCUCUAGAGCCAGAGGCUUGUUUUACAGAAGGCUGUGUGCGGAGAUUUAAAUGCUGUCAAGUCAGUGUAGAAGAUGGGAAAGGGAAAAUCUGGUGGAACCUUAGGAAAACCUGCUAUAAGAUUGUUGAACACAACUGGUUUGAGACCUUCAUUGUCUUCAUGAUUCUUCUUAGCAGCGGUGCUCUGGCCUUUGAAGAUAUAUACAUAGAGCAACGUAAAACUAUCAAGACGAUGCUGGAAUAUGCUGACAAAGUUUUUACUUACAUCUUCAUUCUGGAAAUGCUUUUAAAAUGGGUAGCUUAUGGAUUUCAAACCUAUUUCACUAACGCAUGGUGCUGGCUGGAUUUCCUGAUUGUUGAUGUCUCUUUGGUUAGCUUAACAGCUAAUGCCUUGGGCUACUCAGAACUUGGUGCGAUUAAAUCCCUUAGGACACUAAGAGCUUUGAGACCUCUAAGAGCCUUGUCGCGAUUUGAAGGGAUGAGGGUGGUUGUGAAUGCCCUGUUAGGAGCAAUUCCAUCCAUUAUGAAUGUGCUUCUUGUUUGCCUUAUAUUCUGGCUGAUCUUCAGUAUCAUGGGAGUAAAUCUAUUUGCUGGAAAAUUUUACUACUGUGUUAACACUACAACUGAUGAGAGAUUUGAUAUCAGCCAAAUCAACAACUAUAGUCAAUGUGAAGAGCUCAUAAAAAACAAUGAAACUGCCCGAUGGAAGAAUGUGAAGGUUAACUUUGAUAAUGUAGGCCUUGGUUAUCUUUCUCUGCUUCAAGUGGCUACAUUUAAAGGAUGGAUGGAUAUCAUGUAUGCAGCUGUGGAUUCUCGUAACGUUUUGGAUCAACCUAAGUAUGAAGAUAACCUAUACAUGUAUCUUUACUUUGUCAUCUUUAUCAUCUUUGGAUCAUUCUUUACCUUGAACCUUUUCAUUGGUGUCAUCAUUGACAAUUUCAAUCAGCAGAAAAAGAAGUUUGGAGGUCAAGACAUUUUUAUGACAGAAGAACAGAAGAAAUACUACAAUGCAAUGAAAAAAUUGGGUUCAAAGAAACCACAAAAGCCUAUACCUCGACCAGCGAAUAAAUUCCAAGGCAUGGUCUUUGAUUUUGUAACAAAACAAGCAUUUGAUAUCAGUAUCAUGAUACUUAUCUGCCUUAACAUGGUCACAAUGAUGGUAGAAACAGAUGAUCAGAGUGAAGACAUGGAAAAUAUUUUAUAUUGGAUUAACCUCGUGUUUAUUGUACUUUUCACUGGAGAAUGUGUCCUGAAGUUGAUUUCACUUCGCCAUUACUACUUCACUAUAGGCUGGAAUAUUUUUGAUUUUGUGGUUGUCAUUCUCUCCAUAGUGGGUAUGUUCUUAGCUGAGAUGAUUGAGAAAUAUUUUGUGUCCCCCACACUAUUCAGAGUCAUUCGACUGGCCAGAAUUGGUCGAAUCCUGCGUCUCAUUAAAGGCGCUAAGGGAAUCCGCACUCUGCUUUUUGCUCUGAUGAUGUCUCUUCCUGCUUUGUUCAACAUUGGCUUGCUGCUCUUCCUGGUCAUGUUUAUCUAUGCGAUAUUUGGCAUGUCCAACUUUGCCUAUGUGAAGAGGGAAGUUGGGAUUGAUGACAUGUUCAACUUUGAAACGUUUGGCAACAGCAUGAUCUGCCUAUUUCAAAUUACCACGUCUGCUGGCUGGGAUGGUUUGCUCGCCCCAAUUCUUAACAGUGGGGAGCCAGACUGUGACCCCCAUAAAGAUCAUCCAGGGAGCUCUGUGAAAGGUGACUGUGGCAACCCUUCCGUUGGGAUUUUCUUCUUUGUCAGCUACAUUAUCAUAUCAUUCCUGGUGGUGGUGAACAUGUACAUUGCUGUGAUUUUGGAGAACUUCAGUGUUGCUACUGAAGAAAGUGCUGAACCCUUGAGUGAGGAUGACUUUGAGAUGUUCUAUGAAGUCUGGGAGAAGUUUGAUCCCGAUGCAACACAAUUCAUAGAGUUCAGCAAACUAUCGGAUUUUGCAGCUUCAUUAGAUCCUCCUCUUCUUAUAGCCAAACCAAACAAAGUCCAGCUUAUUGCAAUGGAUCUGCCCAUGGUAAGCGGUGACAGAAUUCACUGCCUUGACAUCUUGUUUGCUUUCACAAAGCGUGUUCUGGGGGAAAGUGGGGAGAUGGACGCCCUCAGAAUACAGAUGGAAGAUCGGUUUAUGGCAGCCAAUCCUUCCAAAGUCUCCUAUGAACCGAUCACAACCACAUUAAAACGAAAACAGGAAGAAGUAUCUGCUGUCAUCAUUCAGCGUGCUUACAGACGUCACCUUUUAAGGCAAAAAGUCAAAAAAGUUUCAUGUAUAUUUAAUCAGGAUAAAGGUAAAGAUGAGGACGAUCUGCCCAUGAAAGAAGAUAUAAUUAUGGAUAAACUAAAUGAGAACUCUACUCCAGAAAAAACAGACAUGACCCCAUCCACAACCUCCCCACCAUCCUAUGAUAGCGUAACAAAGCCAGACAAGGAUAAAUAUGAAAAAGACAAAUCAGAAAAAGAAGAUAAAGGUAAAGACAGCAGGGAAAGUAAAAAGUAA